CAGCUCGCUCGCUCCUUCCCGCCCUCCCCGCGGCGCCGGCCGAGCCGGCUUCCCCUCGGUCUCUCAUGAAUAUUGAGCGGCCCCUGUUGUAUUUCCCGAGCUCCAUUGCGGAAGCCCAGGCUCGCCAUAUUGUGCGGCGGCGCCGGCGGCCGCGGCGGCUGGUAUCCGAGUCUAGCUCUGGCCGCGGCCAGCGGAGCCCGAGCGGGGCCCGGAGCCGCAAUGUCGCAAGCUGUGCAGACAAAUGGAACACAGCCAUUAAGCAAAACAUGGGAACUCAGUUUAUAUGAAUUACAGCGAACACCUCAGGAGGCAAUAACAGAUGGCUUGGAAAUUGUGGUUUCACCUCGAAGUCUACACAGUGAGUUAAUGUGCCCAAUUUGUUUGGAUAUGUUGAAGAACACGAUGACUACAAAGGAGUGUUUGCAUCGUUUUUGUGCAGACUGCAUUAUCACAGCCCUCAGAAGUGGCAAUAAAGAAUGUCCUACCUGUCGGAAAAAGCUAGUUUCCAAAAGAUCACUAAGGCCAGACCCAAACUUUGAUGCACUCAUCAGCAAAAUCUAUCCAAGUCGUGAUGAGUAUGAAGCUCAUCAAGAGAGAGUAUUAGCCAGGAUUAAUAAGCACAAUAAUCAGCAAGCACUCAGUCACAGCAUUGAGGAGGGACUGAAGAUACAGGCUAUGAACAGAUUACAGCGUGGCAAGAAACAACAGAUUGAAAAUGGUAGUGGAGCAGAAGACAAUGGUGACAGUUCGCACUGUAGUAAUGCCUCCACACACAGCAAUCAAGAAGCAGGACCUAGUAACAAACGGACCAAAACAUCUGAUGAUUCUGGGCUUGAGCUUGAUAACAACAAUGCAACAGUGGCAAUUGAUCCAGUAAUGGAUGGUGCUAGUGAAAUUGAAUUAGUAUUCAGGCCUCAUCCCACACUUAUGGAAAAAGAUGACAGUGCGCAGACAAGAUACAUAAAGACUUCAGGUAACGCCACUGUUGAUCACUUAUCCAAGUAUCUGGCUGUGAGGUUAGCUUUAGAAGAACUUCGAAGCAAAGGAGAAUCAAAUCAGAUGAACCUCGACACAGCCAGUGAGAAGCAGUAUACCAUUUACAUAGCAACAGCCAGCGGCCAGUUCACUGUAUUAAAUGGCUCUUUUUCUUUGGAAUUGGUCAGUGAGAAAUACUGGAAAGUGAACAAACCCAUGGAACUUUAUUAUGCACCCACAAAGGAGCACAAAUAAGCUUUUCCUAAAACCAAUUCUGAGAGUGAACUUUUUUAUAGCCUAUUUCUUUAAUAUUAAAGAUGUAUCGUCUUUACUUUUAUGGACAGAAUCUUGGAUAUGUUGUUCCGUUUUCUUUCUGAGCCAGACUUGUUUACACUAUUAAACUCAUUUCCCCUUAAUUUAAGAUUUCCUUUUCGGAAGGGACUGCAAUUAUUCAGUACUUUUUUUUCCUUUUUAAAAGUGUAUCUAGGUUAUAUGUUUUCACCAAGUAUGGUUCCAUUUGGAGCACCCUUUUUGACCCAGGAAUUUUUCAUAGUUCUGUAUUCUUAAGAAUCAAUUGGCCAUCCUUUUCUCCCCCCUGAAAAGUUUUCUAGGCCUAUAGAAUGUUAAAUAAUAAUGUAUUUUGACUUUUUUUCCUGGAGUCUUGUAUAUUUAUAGUUUUCUAUAUAAGCUGUAGUAUCUUCAUGAAGACCAAGGCUCAAAUUUACUGUGCUUAAAAAACAAUUCUCAUAGGAUUAUUAUUUUCAUGGUAUUUUCUUCCAUAAUAUCUCAUUUUAAAAAAGUUCUUUAUGAACUUAGUGUCCAUUGUCAUGCAAUGUUAUUUUUUCCAUAUUUUUUUUUCCCCUCUAAUUUUGAAUUGUCUGGUCCUGGGAAACAGAAUCAAACAAAAUCCCAAGUUCUGUGAGAACUUGGCUCAUUACAGAUUCACUGAAGAAAGGAAAAAAUUAAAUUGGUCUUACAUAGUCUUCAAGU